AUGCAGCCAUUCAUCGCUGACUUCCUCAUGGGUGGUGUCUCCGCCGCUGUCUCCAAGACUGCUGCUGCCCCCAUCGAGCGUGUCAAGCUCCUCAUCCAGAACCAGGAUGAGAUGCUCAAGACCGGUCGUCUCGACCGCAAGUACAACGGCAUUGGUGACUGCUUCAAGCGCACCAUGGCCGAUGAGGGUGUCAUGUCCCUCUGGCGAGGAAACACCGCCAACGUCAUCCGAUACUUCCCUACCCAGGCCCUGAACUUCGCUUUCCGUGACAAGUUCAAGAAGAUGUUCGGCUACAAGAAGGACAAGGAUGGCUACGCCAUGUGGAUGGCUGGUAACCUUGCCUCCGGUGGUGCUGCUGGUGCCACCUCUCUUCUCUUCGUCUACUCUCUGGACUACGCCCGUACUCGUCUUGCCAACGAUGCCAAGAACGCCAAGUCCGGUGGUGACCGUCAGUUCAACGGUCUCGUCGAUGUCUACAAGAAGACCCUCGCCUCUGACGGUAUUGCCGGUCUCUACCGUGGUUUCAUGCCCUCCGUUGCUGGUAUCGUCGUCUACCGUGGUCUCUACUUCGGAAUGUACGACUCCAUCAAGCCCGUCGUCCUCACCGGCUCUCUCCAGGGCAACUUCCUUGCCUCUUUCGCUCUUGGUUGGGUCGUCACCACUGGUGCCGGUAUCGCCUCUUACCCCCUUGACACCAUUCGCCGACGUAUGAUGAUGACCUCUGGUGAGGCCGUCAAGUACAAGAACACCAUGGACGCUGCCCGCCAGAUUGUCGCCAAGGAGGGUGUCAAGUCUCUCUUCAAGGGUGCUGGUGCCAACAUUCUCCGUGGUGUUGCCGGUGCUGGUGUCCUCUCCAUCUACGAUCAGCUCCAGGUCCUCCUCUUCGGCAAGGCCUUCAAAUAA